AUGCCCAUUCAUCUCCCCGCACGCACAGCUAGAGAAGCUGCCAGGCAAUCUGCCCGUCUCUUUUCCACCCGUUCUUCCCUUUCCGCCAGGGCUCCCGCCCCUUCGCCGUCAUCCACUGCGCGUACAAGACCAUGGGAUCUCGGGGCAGUCCCAAAGUUCGCUUUCGAUGACGCCACGAGUCUCGGAUGGAUGCGUAUGUUUAGGAUCGAAGAAGGGGAGGGGCUUGUGAAAAAGAUUGAACAGGACAGACAAGUUCUGCGAGCUGCCAACAAAACAAAGUUCACACCCCCCACGUCCCCAAUCCGCAUGACAACCACCAUAGAUCUUUCCAAGCCUGAUUCCCGCUUCCACACAAAAUGCGCCCUCACUGUCCCCGUGUCGUCUCUGCCCCUCAAGAGCCCUGAGGCAAUUCACCGCUUCAAGCUGCUUGCAGGCCCUAGAUGGUCGCCCGGAAGGCCAGGCCGAGAAGAAUUCAUCAAAGACGAAGACACACUGGGAAAGGAGGGCUGGUUCAAGAUCAGCGAGGAGAGAUUUGAGAGUUCUGUCCAGAACAAAAAGUCGGCGUCUCUGACGCUGCAAAAACUCGUGGAGGCUGCUAGUGACCCCAAUUCUCCCUUGCCCUCCGAUAUCCCCCUGGACACUCGACAUCUUCUUGCGCGACACCAGAAGAAACGAUCACGCCAGAAUGUCUUUACAUGGGCGUCCGGCCAGACGUUUUUGCCUCGCCAAACCUCUGUCGGCGGCGUUCGUGGCUUUCCCAUAGAAUGGUUGCCCGAGAACCUGCGAGAGAAGGCUCUAAAGCCAUAA